AUGAUAUCCAUCGGAUUGUUAAUUUUUUUUACUCUUUCAAUAAAUAGUCAACAAGUAAUUGAAUGUGAUUUUGAUUAUGGAGAAAAAUGCCUUUCGGGUUUACAAUCAAGUUCAUAUGUUUUAUUAAAUGAAACCAGUGGAGAACCACGACAACCAGCUUCAGAUAUUACUGCCAUUAGAACAUCACAUGAAGAUGGAGAAGAAUGUUAUUUUCCUUUUCAGUUAAAUUCAUUUGACAUGUUCUUUUGCGAAAAAACUGAUCCGAAUCUUCCUGCAACAUGCCCAAUUUUCAAUUCAACAGGUCCAAGAAUGAAUUGUAGCGAAGGUGAAUAUGGAUAUGAAAGAUUCGAAGGAGGAGAAACUGGAUCGCGUUUACAUAAACUUGAUAUGAAUCGUGAUCUUGAAGAAGGUGAACAUUGCAUUCGAUUUUUUUAUUAUUUAUCGGAUACAAAUUCAAAUGGAAAUAUUCAAGUUAUAAUUGAAGAUACUUUAGCAAAUACAAAUCAAACAAUUCUUACAGCAUCUCAACGUCUUCAAAAUAGAUGGCAUGAAAUAAGACAAAAUUUUAAUGUCAAUAAUGAUAAACCUAAUAUAUACUUCGGAUUCAACCGUAACUCUUCAUCUGAUUUAUUGCCAUAUUUUAUUGCUAUUGAUCAACUAACUAUUGUUGAUAUCGAAUGUGAACCUGACAAUACUACCACAACGAUUACUACAACUAUAACUCCCACAUCAACAUUAAGUACAAUAAGUUCAUCUACUACAGCGAGUAGUUUAUCACCCAAUACAACAGUAACACUUUCUACAACAACUAGUUCAUUAACCAGUACAACCGUUUCAAAUGUAACAAGUAGUUUACCAUCAAACACAACAAUUACUACCGGAACAUCUACCACAACAAGUAGUUUAUUAACCAGUACUACAACAACAACAAGACCUCCCAUAACGAAUACUUCUAUCAGUACAUCCACAACAAGUCCUUCCACCAGUGCAUCAACAACGAAUCAAAUGGCUACAUCUACAGCAAGUCUUACUACUCCUUCAACAUCAACAUUAACUCAAUCAACAACAACAACAGCAACAACAGAAGGAUCAUCAUCAAUUAAAAUUCGAUCGAAUAUUUUAUUAACUAUUUUAUUUUUAUUUUAUCUUUUUUAA